AUGACGGUCGAAGUCUGUACCUGUGUGGACGGGGUGGUGUGUGGAAAACGAGCCACCAGCAAAAGAUCAGAGUUCGGACCUUUAGGCGUCGGACUGCUGCACCUGGGUCUGCUGCUGUUACUACUACUUCUUCUGUUGCUGCUCUUCUGCCAAUGUGGGGGGGCUAGGGGCUUGCCAGGGGGCUUUACUGAGAGGCCUUUCGACACCAAAUCACACCUCAUUAACUACCGCACUGAGGGCCAGGGAGAGAACAUGGAGGUACCGCUACUGGACGUGCCAACACAAAUAGAUGGAAAUAUGGCCAACGUGAAUAUGGGCAUGGCUAACAAUACUCUAGCAAUGGCGCCCAUGGCAGGUUUGGAUUUCCAGAGAUCCAUUACUUCCAUGGAUGGGAUGAACAGGGCUGGCUAUCAAGAAGUUUUUUCAAGUGGCCACAGAGAAGGGGCAUGGGGGGUGAUGAACCAGCAGGGCGGCAGGGACUUCUACUUAGGAGUAGGUGGAGGAAUGUAUGACGGCAUUGCUCUGCCAGACCACUUCCUGGCACAGUACUACACUCAGAAGGUGGCCAGUGGAAAUGACAACCUUGGAGGAAAGGACUGUCUUUUGGUUUGUGACUACGACCUGCACUUCCUCAAUGACCUCAGGACAAAGUUCAAGACCGAGCCAAGCCGAGCUGAGCCGAGCCGAGUUGAGCAGGUACCAUGUAGUGGAAAAACACCAUAAGAGUCUGGGUUGGAAUGCAUUGUUGUGAUAACAUG